AUGGUGGAGGCCAUUACAGCUGCAGAUCAUGAUGUUGGUGAUGAUUAUGAAGCACAAAAGGGAAGUCGUGUUUCCAUUUUCUUGGAUAAACAAGAAUUUUCCUCUGGUGAAAAAGUUAAGGCUGAUGGCUCCAUAUGCAUAAAGAACCAGUCUAGAUCAUUUGGCGAUCGCGACUGCGAGUAUCAAUUCAAUCACUGGUUGUCGGCUUCUAGCAGCAGAUGGGGAUGGCCUCGUUGCAUUCCAAUCGCUAAUAUGGAACUAGGAGGAUUUUUAGUUGGAGAUCUCUGCAUUAUUGAAGUUAAAAUUUCUAUUCAAGCUGUCUUACGUAGCUUACCGUAA